UGCUAGUCGUCUUAUCACUUUAUGACCUUAAUUUGGAAUUUUUUACUCAUUCACUUGAAUUAUCUGAACAGUAGUCAGUAGCUAAUAAGUAUCUUUUUAAUUUUAUAUUUUGUGCCCCUGGUAGGUACUCGAAAAUAAUCCGAAGAAAAACGCACGUCUUUGAAAGAAUACUUGAAGUUUAUGCUCAUUUUUUUCAUAUUCGAAACUAUCAUUACAAAUGAAUCGAAAAACUGGUUUGUUGAUCGGUACAAUCGGUACAAAUCCGAAAAAUGUUGUUGAUUUUUUCAAAAAAUCAUCCGUGAAUUUGGACUCUUUUAGUACGUUAUAUGUAAAAUUAGUGUCGAAUGUGAUAUUGGAAUCAAUGCUAUUAAAUAAUAAACAGAAAAACAUAGUGAAUAAGGAAUCAUUUCGUAACACCGUGUUCGACUUCUACAGUUCCCUCAAGACUUUUGAGCAUUUGGAUGUCAGAGUAUUGUUAUCUAGUUUCAAUAAUAUGGAUCAGUUCAAAGUUACCACCAGUAAACCAAUAGACGUUAUAUACUUCGAUUCUUUGUAUUCGUCGACAGUUAUCGAUGCUUUCGCCAACAAAUAUGUAGUAAAUAAAUCGAAAGAUUUUCAAACUGCUCCGUUUAAAGUGAAGAAUAAUGAAUGUAUUUCUACUUCUACCGAAGAAAAUUCCAAUUUCAAAGAAUAUGAUUACGUAGCUAUGGGAGGAACUUUUGAUAGACUGCACAUCGGCCAUAAAUUAUUAUUAAGCGAAGCCGUUCUUCGAUGUAAUAAAAAGCUCACCAUAGGAGUUUGCAGUGACUCGAUAUUAAACAGUAAAACACUGCCGGAAUUCAUUGAUGAUUGUGAUACGCGUAUAGCAGGUGUAAAAGAUUUCCUAUCUGAUGUACAGCCUCAUCUCGAUUACAAUAUUGUUCCUAUAUAUGACAUAUACGGGCCAACUAAAGAAGAUGCUUUAUUAGAAAUGAUUGUUGUAAGCGAAGAAACAGUUCGUGGCGCUGAAAAAAUCAACGAAUAUCGAAUAGCCAAUGGUUUAACUAAGCUAGAAGUGAUUCGAAUUAAUUUGAUCGAAGCGUUGAAAAAAUCGGAGUAUGAAGAAAGUAAAAUUAGUUCCAGCACCAGACGAAUGCGUUUAUUAGGAGAGCUUUUAAAACCACCUUCAUCGAAACCCAAUCUUCCGGCCAAACCUUAUGUAAUUGGAUUGACUGGAGGGAUCGCUAGUGGAAAGUCAUCGAUCUUAGAACACUUGAGAAAUUUUGGAUGUGGCUGUAUUAAUUGUGAUUUAAUUGCUCAUCAAAUGUAUGAAAUUGGUUCUACUGGGUAUCAAUUCAUUUUAGAAACAUUCGGACCAUCGGUACUAAACGAAGACGGAUCUGUAAAUAGAAAACAAUUGGGGAAUGUGGUAUUUAACGAUAAGGAAAAAUUGAAUCAAUUGAAUAACGGUUUAUGGCCUCUUGUUCUGAGCAAAGUCAAAGAAGAAAUUCAGUCACUUUAUCUGCAGAAUAAAGAAGUUAUUGUGAUAGAAGCUGCUUUAUUGAUUCAAGCGAAUUGGACGAAUGAAUGUCAUGAAAUUUGGUCGUGUAUUAUUUCACCUGAAGAAGCUAUUAAACGAUUGCAGGCGCGUAACCAUUUAUCUAUCGAAGAAGCUCAAACGAGGAUAAAUUCUCAACCACAAAAUAAAGAAUACAUUUCCAAUUCGAAUGUAGUAUUUUGCUCAUAUUGGGACCCCAAUUAUACCAAAUAUCAAGUAGAAAAAGCUUGGACUAAUCUUAAAAAACGAGCUGCCAUUUCCAGUUGAUGAAACAACUUGUUGUGCUUAUUCGUUUUCUAUUCGUGGUUUUUGUAUUGCGUAAGUUUGUAUUACUCAUGGAAAAAGGGUAAGGUAAAAAAAGUCAGUAAAUUUUGUAAAAAUGAGAAGAUUUUAUUUAAAAUAUAUUUUAAAAAAAUAA